AGCUUAACUUGGCAUGAAUGUGGCUUUUAUUCAUUAUUAUUUACGGGUAUGCUAAGACCCAAGAAUUUUACGCAUUAUGUUUCUGAAAUGAAAGGUAACUUAAAAAGCUCGGUGUCUUGUUGGGAUGCCCUUAUGCAAUGGCUUCAAGUCAUAGCUCCCCAGCGGUGCUUCGACCAAGCAGCAGCGAUGGAAAAUUCAAAAAAGAAAUGGACCCAUCCAAAAAACCCUUCAAAGCUGUUCGAUCAUUGCCCGAUGUCUGUCCCAAGGAACCAACAGGAGACUCUAGCAGCUUAUGUGAUGGUCCAUCAGUAGUGGCAGAUCAGCAUAGGUGGACUGUUUAUCAUUCCAAAGUGAACCUUCCAGCAGCGUUGAAUGACCCCAGAUUGUCCAAAAGGGAAUCUGAUUUCUUCACAAAAACAUGGGGACUGGAUUUUAUGGAGACCGAAGUUAUGCCUUCCUUCUACCUCCCACCAAUCACCAAGGAACACUUUGCAUCCUAUCUACAGGAUAUGACUUCUCGACAAAAGAUUCAUGAGAAGUGCAAGAAAACAUGCCCGCUUAAGGAUGGACUACACCAAACACUCGCACCUGUUGUACACAGCCAUGACAGAUCAAGAACAGAUUUGGAUCAAGUACCUAAGAUAUUUCUGAAGUCAGACUUUGCUCUGGAAGAUACUCUAACAUUUUCUACCGUCUUGCCCUGGUCACAUUUCAGUGGCCAACAUGGAGCUGGUGGAAAGGGGGCUCGUGAUGGCACAUCGUCAAGGUUAUUGCAAGAAAAGUUAACCCAUUAUUUGGACAUAGUGGAAGUGAAUAUAGCGCACCAGAUUUCUCUCCGUUCUGAUGCCUUUUUCCAUGCUAUGACCUCUCAACAUGAAUUGCAGGACUACCUCACUAAGACCUCGCAAGCUGUAAAAAUGCUUCGUGAUAAAAUUGCCCAGAUUGACAAAGUAAUGUGCGAAGGAUCUUUGCAAAUAUUGAGACUUGCUGUGACUAGAAAUAACUGUGUAAAAAUGUAUAAUAAACUAAAGUUAAUGGCCACCGUUCACCAAACACAGCCUACCGUACAGUUAUUGCUGUCCACUUCUGAGUUUGUUGGGGCACUGGACCUUAUUGCAACAACACAGGAGGUGCUACAACAGGAGCUUCAAGGGAUUCAUAGUUUCAGGCAUCUUGGUUCACAACUGUGUGAGUUGGAAAGACUGAUAGAUAAAAUGAUGAUAGCAGAUUUCUCUACCUAUGCUCAUAGUGACUUAAAUAGACCACUGGAAGAUGACCAAUUGUUAGAGGAGGAACGAUUGGUAUCUUUAGUAUUUGGGUUGCUAAGACAAAGGAAGCUAGACUUUCUGGACAUCUAUCACGAAGAGAUGCUUACAGCUGCAAAAAACAUAAUUAAACAGAGUGUGAUUGAAACAAUUGCACAAAUGGAAGAAAUAGACACAGAAGUUGUACAUAAGCUUGCUGAUCAGAUGAGAAUGCUGAAUUUUCCUCAAUGGUUGGAUCUUCUGAAAAGCAUCUUUGCAAGUUUUAUUAGCUUUUUGAAGAGGGUUAAGGCAACAGUAAGUACCAUUCGUAAUGUCAUCUUCCUGGUGUUGGAUAAAAGUCGGGAAAAAAGCAGGGAAUUGGAAGCUGUAUCUAGUCAGAAGAGCCCUGGUUUGGGUCACACGUUGGAUACAGAAGUGGCCUAUUUGACUCAUGAAGGCAUGUUUAUUAGUGAUGCAUACAAUGAGAGAACACUCUCUUCACCUGGAGCAGAAACUGAGCCACAGAGGACAGCUUAUCAGAACAGUGAUCCAUGUGGCAGUGAUUCUACGUCAGAAGCAGAGUGUGCCACUGACUCCUCCUCCAGUAAGGAGCAAACAUCAUCUUCAGCCACACCAGGAGGGUUAGAAAUCAUGGUCAGUGACGAUUUGCAACUGACGGAAUUAGAACUUGGCAGAGUUGCCAAUAAUCUUCAAGAACUUCUCUACAGUGCUUCCGACGUCUGCCAUGACCGCUGUGUUAAAUUUCUUAUGGCUAGAGCGAAGGACGGUUUCCUCGAAAAGCUGAACUCUUCGGAGUUUGUGGCACUGUCGCGAGCAGUAGAAACCUUUGUUCAGGAAACGGAGAAGGUUUGCAGCAGGCGAAGCAUGUCCCUUCGCGGAGCCCUGCAAAGCCAGGCCAAUAAGUUUGUCAACCGAUUCCAUGAUGAGCGGAAGACAAAACUCGGCCUUCUGUUGGAUAAUGAACGUUGGAAACAAGCUGAGGUUCCAGCUGAGUUUCAAGACUUGGUCAAUUCAAUCGAGGAUGGAGUGAUUGCUUUACCUGAGAAAAAAACCACAGCUCCACAAGAGCGAAAACCAGCUGAUUUCUUAUCUGUCGAUGAACAGAAAUACGCUGUAGUUGGGACUGUUUUGCUGUUAAUAAGAAUAAUAUUUGAAUACUGUCAGUGUGUAGAUGAUAUCCCUUCAAUUACUACUGACAUGCUCACUCGUCUCUCAGAUUUAUUAAAGCAUUUUAAUUCACGAAGCUGUCAGCUUGUACUCGGAGCAGGUGCAUUACAGGUUGUGGGACUGAAAACAAUAACUACCAAAAACUUAGCUCUUGCCUCUCGUUGUUUACAGCUUAUUGUGCACUACAUUCCCAAAAUUAGAGUGCACUUUGAAGCUCGGCUACAGCCAAAGCAGUACAAUAUGCUGAGGCACUUUGACCAUAUAACUAAGGAUUAUAAUGACCAUAUAUCUGAAAUCGUGGCAAAGCUUGUUGCAAUCAUGGACAAUCUCUGUGACAAAACUUUGUCUAAGUAUGAAGUGAAAGCACCUGUACCCUCUAACUGCUUCCGAAAUGUCUGCAAACAAACAGCUAAGAUGCAUGAAGCUAUACACGACGUCUUACCUGCAGAGCAAACACAGAUGCUGUUCUUGAGAAUCAAUUCAAGUUUUAAAAUUCACCUGAAGAGGCAGCUGAUACGUUUGAAUGUUGUAAAUGAUGGGGGACCUUUGCAUGGGCUUGUUGCAUCAGAUCUCGCUUUUUACACUGGAAACAUACAAGCAUUAAAAGGCCUUGAGAACUUGGAUGUAAAUUUGACAGAAAUCUGGGAACCAAAGAGGUGACAUUCUGAAGAAGACUGCUUUACAUGCCAAGGUGUUUCAUGAUGAUUCUAGAUCUUCACUACCCAGAAAAUGAAAUAUCUUAAUGAUGGUCCUUCACUGAGACAGUAUCUGUAAAGACCAAAUCGGGGAGUAAUUUACAGCAAAUGUCCUUCCGAGGGCAGUGAUCAGCUGAUUGGUCAUCAUUUUUAAAACCUUUCAAACUAGGCUCAAGUUUCUGUGGACCAAAACCAGGACUGUACAUGACCUCUGGCUUUACUGGAAGACAGACUGUGUAGCACUAAAGGAUGCUUUGCAUCUUAUUAUUUGUAUGUUAAACCUCAUGUGCAAUCAUAACACUAUAUGUUCAAAAAAUAGAAGCAUAGCUAAUGAUGGUACAGUUUAUAAAAUACCUUUUAAACAGUUGUAAAUUCUUGCAACAUUAACAAUUCAUGAAAAUGGAUUGGCUGUUUCUUAUCCAUGUGUGGGGGGUUGCUAAUAAUCCAGGAGCUUUAUUUUUUUACAGACCUUUCUAUAGAUUUUAAAAAUCUUUUGGUGUGGUGGUUGCAUAUCAAAUGUACAUUUUCCGAUACCCACAGCUUGCUGUUAACCCAGGCUUUAAAAUCAAAGCGUUCAGGGUUUAUUUUAAACUGUUAAAUCUGCAGUGCACCUUUGGUAACAAAAAACAGAAGUCGGCAAUGAUAGAUUUGUAAUAAAAAUAUUUUUCCCUUGUUAGAGCACGUUAAGAACUUUUCUUUUGCCAUAUGGUAGAUUCUAGUUUCUGUUCUGAAAUAUGUGCUUAAGGGAAGCACUUCUGUGUUUAAAAUGCCUCACUGGGUUUUUUAUGUAAUGCUUUGAUUAAGAUAUGUUUUUUUUAAUCAGUUUGAAACCUUGACAAAAUUGUGUUAGAUUGAUGUUAGUUUCCAACAUUUGUGUGGGAGUUUUGUGCCAUCAGAGUGAGCAGUGAAUGUCUACAAAACAUUCAAGUGCCUAAGUUUAUUUCUCUUACAGUACAAAAAGCUACAGGUUGUGCUGUCAGGAGUCAAGUCCUUAUUUACUGAGUGCCUAAUAAUACAUUGGUGGCACUGAAGACUGACCACAUCUCCCAUUUGUGCUGCUAUGACAAUUAAUUUAAAUCCAAGCUUGCUGAAGGGUUUAUUGAUAUCUAAUAGUAGUAUCUCUCCAAUCCUGGUGUUUUUAAAUUGAGCACUCAAAAUAAAAAAGUUAAUUGGAA